GUUUAUGUCAGUUUAGAGGUAAGUAAGCACUCCGCGUGUGAGAAGAUGGUCACGGAGACAGGGUACCCCAAUCGCACUGUGGUGAAGCACUUCUUAUUGGAGGGACUGAUGUACACAGGUGAGCAUCCUAGCCUGUUCUUCCUCAUCUUCCUCCUCAUCUACAGCAUCACCUUGACUGGGAAUCUCCUCAUUCUCCUAGCCGUGGGCUCUGAUCCUCACCUGCGCUCCCCCAUGUACCACUUCCUGGGCCACCUGUCCUUCCUGGACGCCUGUUUGUCCACAGUGACGGUGCCCAAGGUCCUGGCAGGCCUGCUGACUCAGGGGGGGAAGGUGAUCUCCUUUGAGGGCUGUGCUGUGCAGCUUUACUGUUUCCACUUCCUGGCCAGCACUGAGUGCUUCCUGUACACCGUCAUGGCUUACGACCGCUACCUGGCCAUCUGCCAGCCCCUGCGCUACCCGGUGGCCAUGCACAGGCGGGCGUGCGCGGCGUUGGCCGGGAUCACAUGGGCCACCGGGGCUGUCCACUCCGCAACCCACACCUCCCUCACCUUCCGCCUGCCCUACUGUGGGCCCCGCCGCGUUGCCUACUUCUUCUGUGACAUCCCGCCUGUGCUGAAGCUGGCCUGUGCGGACACCGCGGUCAACGAGCUGGUCAUGCUGGCCAACAUUGGCGCGGUGGCCGCAGGCUGCCUGACGCUCAUCGUCACGUCUUACGUCUUUAUCGUGGCGGCGGUGCUGCGCAUGCGCACGGCCGACGGCCGGCGCCGGGCCUUCUCCACCUGCUCCGCGCACCUCACGGUGGUGCUCCUGUACUACCUGCCGCCCGUGUGCAUCUACCUGCAGCCUCGGUCCAGGGGCGCGGGGGCUGGGGCCCCUGCUGUCUUCUACACGAUCGUCACUCCGAUGCUCAACCCUUUCAUUUACACUCUGCGGAACAGAGAAGUGAAGCGGGCUCUGCAAAGGCUUUUGUGCGGGGGCUGCGCGGAGCCGCCAGCGGGCAGCCCACCCCCUUAG